AUGCCAACUACUCGGAGCGGUAUGAACUCUACACCCGCUCCUCCUGCCGGUGCUGCCAACCAACCUGUCAGCCCUGCUACUUCAACUGUUGGCAAUACUGCCGGUACGCCCGCCAAUGCUACCGCGCCACCUGGUCGUACCCUUGCAAGCCUUGAGUUUGCUGUCACAACCCUCUUUCGAGAGCCCCUAGACAGCCCACUCAUGCGUGCUCUUUGUCGCGAUGGAUGCUUGCACUUCAUGCACCUCCUCUCCUACAACAAGAAUGAGCUCCUUGCAUUGAAGUACGAUGCACCCAUCAUUGACCAAUAUGGGGUGGAUACUGGCCAAACUCAGCUUACUCAGCUUGAGCGGCCCCAUCGUGGCACUCUUCGGGCUUUACUUGGGUAUGCUUACCUUUGUCAAAACGUCCAUGGCAAUCCGAUCACCCUGAUCAAUUGCAUGAACAUUGACGUACAAGCGUUCUUCAAUUAUCAAUGUAGUGGUGACUUUAUAGUUUUUAAUAAGUCCCUUUUACCACAACCUCUUGUCUCCAAGCCUGAUCAUGGCAAACCUAUUGACUCGUCCCCUGAUCCUCUCCUUCCAACACAGAUGGAGACGAACCCAGACAGCCAUCUAGCCACCAUACGCAAUGAAUUUGCACCCAAACAUGGGGAGCUACAAUGGCCAAUGAGCGACGAAUCAGACCGCCAAGCUACAGUAGACGUGACCAGUAAUCAGUAUAGUGACACUACUAGUCCUACAUCUAUCCUUUCUGCUGCUCUACAACCUAGCAUUUGCACGUCUGACAGUGUCAAUAUACCCAAUGGUAGACGUGCCACGCAACUUGUUGGCGCACAAAGCACCAUGAGUAGACCGACACUGAACAAGGGUUACAUUGCACAUGAUGUCAGAUUCGACCCCAACCUUGAAUGGGACCAAACUCUAUUGGAUCCCAACAUUGACAGGCUGGACAAACCAGUGAAAGCCUCUGAAGAUGAGACUCUUGACCAACCAGAUGAUUUCACCACUGCUAUGGACCUGAAUGACAAUGGCAUUGAUAAUGCCACACUUGUCUCCAACCUUGACUGGGACCAAACUUUAUCGGACCCAGACAUUGGCGAUCUUGGCCGUAGUGUCUCUGCCAACAGCACUAGCCAUGACUUGCUCCUUCAGUUGCCGGAAGCGAGCAUGGGGAGUGAUUCUGAUGCUCUUCUUCCUGAACAAGAUAAGACUGAGGAGUACUCAAUGGAUUUGGAGAAUGGGGAGCAACAGUGUGUCAUGUCUGAUAAGUUGGCCAUCGUACCGACUACCAAGCAUCCUCCGCCUACACCUCCACAAGAAGCCAAGCAACACAAGUUAACAUUCAAUGGAGAAAAAUUUAGAUCGGUUAAUAACCAUACUAUGAUCUAUUCUAUCCACAAAGUCAACACUUGUAAACACCUAGCUUUGAUUGAUAGAGGUGCCAAUGGCGGCAUUGCUGGAGAUGAUGUCCGCAUCAUCCACAAAUCCAAUCGUACUGUUGACGUACAAAGCAUUGACAACCACCAAGUAACUGAUAUCCCUAUCCUCACUUCGGCUGGAUUAAUCUACACCCAACGUGGACCUGCCAAUGCCAUCAUACACCAACAAGCCUACAUUGGAAAGGGUCAAUCCAUUCUGUCCAGUGGUCAAAUGGAACACUUCAAGAUUGUCGUGGACGACAAGUCUACCAAAGCUGGUGGUCAGCAACGCUUGACAACACCAGAUGGCUUCGUCUUACCACUUGACAUCAGGAAUGGCCUUCCAUACCUACAAAUGCGACCACCAAAAGAUGGUGAGCUGAGUAGUCCUGACAUUCCACAUGUCGUACUCACCUCUGACGCUGAUUGGCAUCCAAGUGUACUGGAUCAUUUGAUCAAGGAUAUGGAAGAAUGGGCAAAGUCCGUUCCCGACUACAAUUCUGAAGAUGAAGAACGUCCGUUUGAUCUUGUAGGAGUCCUUAAGAAUCAUAAAGCUCUUACUUCUUUCAAGGAACCUAAACUAGAUGGAACUAUUGAUUAUUUUGAGAAUUUCAAUUGUGUUCUUCCAACUGAUGGACUGUACGAGCAGUGCCAUCGAACAUCUGAAGACCUUACCUGGUUUGACUGUAACAUGGCUGAUCUAUUUGGCCUCGAUGCAGCACCAGAAGAUUCACCCAUCCCUGAGUGUUUCGAGGUCUAUGAGGCUUGUAAGCGUCCUUCAGUACUGUUUGACCCAGGACAACCAGUCAACUACAAUAUCGAGUCAGCUCCUUUGGAUGCCAAUUCUUUCAAGGACCUCAGACUCGAUUCAGACAAACCGAUUCUGAGGUGCAGCCCACGCCAUAAGGCUAGGAAGACACCUCAUGGGGAGCUGGGUUGUCCUCCAUCGCCAAGAGUACAUUUCGAUGAUACUCUGACUGCCCGCGAGAGUAACAGUCAAACCCUAGCUAAUAUAAAGAAGUCUACUCUAGAGGACGCUGUUGCUUUCUUUACUCACUUUGUACUGGAAGAUAACUUGCUUCAACAGUUUCCGGACACGAGCAUGGGGAGAGAUGAUGCUACUAGUGCUCUUUCUCCUGGACAUGGUGGAAACAAGUCAGAUAGAGAGUCCGACCAAACAAUAGAUGAGAUAGUCACUAACGAAUCUAUUUUAGUUUGUACUCUUGACAUCCUUGAAGACACUCUAGACUGUACUCUUGACUUCCUUGAGCCACUCGACUUUGAUCUGAUCAAUCAUGGAUUGAGCACCGCUAACAUUCCAAAUGCCACGCUCAUUCCUAAGCAUUGUACUGAUCAUGACCAAAACGGAUUGGACUCAAUGGCUAUUGGAACUGGAGAAGCUAAGCCGGCCUUCAACCAAGUAGACAGUCAUAAUUGUAAUAGAGCCCUACCCUUUACUACUAUGAACGGACAUUCUACUUUAGAUAGUGCAAUCAACCUCUUUCAAUCCUUUGCCUAUGCGAAUCCAAUAGAUGGACUCCAUGAUGUCCAUUGUCCACCAACUUCUGAACUAGCUAGACUUGAACGUAGCAUGGAAGAGAUCCUAUCAACCUGGAUCGCACCAGUGCAACUCAAGUUGCACUGCCAGAGCUUGAGAUCUAUCAGUCUCACAAGCAACCCUCAACUCAAGAGGCGCGCUUUGAGCUGGUGUUGUAUCAAUCUCACCAGCAAUCCUCAGCCCAAGAGGCGCGCUUUGAUGAUGAUACUCGAAAGCCUGAUGGGAGAAAUGGUCCACCACCUUGCAACAGUUUUGAGCAUGGGUUACAACCAACUGAGGUUGAACUGA